UUUUCUUCUGCCACCGAUAACGGAAGCACCCUGGAGCCUGAGCAGUGACGUGCCCCGAGCGGCCGGGCUCGGCCUGCUUGUUCCCCCCCCCCUUCCCCCGCCCCCCGCCACUCUUCCCCACCCUCUGGGGGCAACAUGUGGGGAGCGAGCCCGGGGUGGGCGGCCGAUGCGGAAAUGCUUCAAAGAGCAUCAGAAGAAUUCUUUCCAAAGAUGGAAAGUGCAGUUGAAGAGAUGGAUACCUCAGACACCCAGUGGGGCUGGUUUUAUUUGGCUGAGUGUGGCAAAUGGCAUAUGUUUCAGACUGAUUCAAACAGUCAUUGCUCAGUUAGCAGUGAAGAUAUUGAAAGGAGCUUCAGAACAAACCCACAAGGAUCUGUUUCUUUUACUACUGCAAAAUUUAACUACACAUUAGACUUUUCAGUGAUGAAACAAACCAAUCUAACUACCCUUAAGCAACGUCCAAUAAAGCGAGCUCCCUUUUCUAUCAGUGCUUUCAGUUUCAUCUGUGAAAAUGAGGCUAUCCCUAUGCCGUCACACUGGGAGAAUGUAAAUACUGAGGAGCCAUACCAGCUUAUUCCUUUGCAAAAGAAAACAAAUGAAUAUAAUGAAGUUUCUUGUCUCUUUGGAAAAACAAUGGAUAGCCACCGAAUUAAAAGAAUUAAGAGAAUACAAAAUCUAGACUUGUGGGAGUUUUUUUGCAGGAAAAAAGCACAACUAAAGAAGAAAAGAGGUGUCCCCACUAUUAAUGAGCAGAUGUUAUUUCAUGGCACCAGUAAUGAAUUUGUAGAAGCAAUAUGCAUUCAUAACUUUGACUGGAGAAUAAAUGGCAUGCAUGCUGCUGUAUAUGGAAAAGGGACCUAUUUUGCAAGAGAUGCGUCAUAUUCCAGUCGUUUCUGCAAAGAAGAUAUAAAGCAUGGAGAUACUUUUCAAAUUCAUGGUGUGAAUCUGCAACCUCAUCUGCAUAGACCAGAUAAAGUCAUGUUUCUUGCUCGUGUAUUAACUGGUGACUAUAUCAAUGGUGAUUCAAAAUACAUGAGGCCUCCUUCGAAAGAUGGAAGUUUUGUGAACUUGUAUGACAGCUGUGUGGAUAAUACCUGGAACCCAAAGAUCUUUGUUAUCUUUGAUGCCAACCAAAUCUAUCCUGAGUAUUUAAUAGAGUUUUGUUAAGUUUGAAAGGAGUUGAACUGAAUAUUUGUUUGUGUCUUUUUUUGAUAGUUUGUUCCUUUUGCAAAGACAACAAUAUAAAAAAAUGAAGAAUGAAAGGACAAAGGUGGGGGGGAAGCAUAUAUUGGGGUUGUAGCUGUUAAGUAUUUAAAAGGCAUUGUCCAACUCCUUUUAAAAUCUGUAAAUAAACUUUACUGAUACCUUUUUCAAAUGAAGGGAUUAUAACAAAUUUGAAAUUGCUUAGUAAGCCUUAAAUAAAUUGGGUGUUGGUAAGUUUUCAAAGACAAGAUUUAUGUUCUGAUUUUUUAAAUAUAUUACAAGUAUUUAUUCAUGUGGUAGAAAUAUGCCUGUGAUACAGUAUGUGUACGAAUGAAAUUAAUCUUUUUAUAAAGAUCAUCUUUAUAAUUAGAAACAGAGGACUUGGCUGUGUGUCUGUGUGUGUGUAUUGUGUAGUACAUGUUCCUUUGCAUUUGGGGAGAUCUCAGUUUGAAAUCUAAACCGACAAUGAACCCAUCUGGAGAAAACAGAUGAAAGGACCUAGAAUUCACCAAAGCUGCUAUGUUUAACUUUACAUACUUGGUACCGCUUCAAAUUUGCAAACUUGCCAAAUUACAGAACUCUUAGAAGUUGAACUUUGGUUUUGACAGAAAUGAUGCCCUAAAGUUGUUGUGGUUGUUAACUGUUUAGGUAUAUAACUGUUGAGCUCAGUACUAGGAUAUCAGUUGUUGAAUAAUACACUUGGCUUUUAUUCCAGAGAAUUUGUUGAUGUUUUUGGUAGUGUGUGUGUGUGUGUGUGCGCACAUGCAUGUGCAUGUGGUUGGCUUCUGUACUUGUGCUGCUGUGUUUCUUGUCUCAUCAAGGUUGAAGAACUCCUCACUCAGUGCUGGUGUACUUGCUGUUGCUGAAGACAAUGUUUAGAUUAACUUUACUGAGAAUAAUACAGAGUUAAACCAACAAUGAAAAUUUCAAAAUGGGGCAUCUUUUCAUUUUUAAGAACUUUAAUAAAAAGCUUUCAAUAACA